AUGCGCAUCAGCUCCGAGGCUAGCGCGCCCUUAGAAAAGCAGAAGGCUUCUCGGCUCGGCCGUGAACCCCGAGUCGGUUGGAUAAUAUGCAAACUGGUGUUGUGCUGUUGUAUUGGCCUUGACCUUGGCUCCGGUAAAAGUUCUGUCUUUGUCCCGCCCCGUUCUCGGAAAAGGUGUAGUUUCAUUUUCACUGAAGAUUACUGCAGUUCUUCAGUGAAUCCCUCUGAUCACAAGGAUUCGCGUUCAAACCCACACAGAUCCAUAGAAGAAAGUGAGCUGGGAAGGUUCCACACAAUAACGAAUAAAAUGCCUGCCCUGUCCAAGUACUUCAGUGAUCAGGAGGUGAGAAACCUACAGUCCAUGUACAGUAAAGGUGAUGUGGUAAUGGUGAUCCUUGAACUGAAGCGGAAGGCAGAGGAUUUAGCCGGUGUAAAGAUCAACGUUGCCGUGCUGGGUGAUGUGGGCUCCGGGAAAUCCACCUUCAUCAACGCCAUGAGGGAUGUUCGGAGUGACGAUCCCGGAGCUGCUCCAACUGGGAAUGGUGAAGCCAGCAAGGAGCCAACUGCUUAUCACCUUCCAUCCCUGCCAGAUAUUCAACUCUGGGAUCUCCCAGGAUUAAACUCCUUUGGCUUUGAACUGAAGCGUUACCUGAAACAAGUGAAUUUUGAAAGCUAUGACUUCUACAUCAUUGUGUCUCAGGCGCGAUUCAGAGAGUGUGAUGGGGAGCUCUCCAAAAGGAUUCAAGCACAGCAGAAAGAGUUCUACUACAUUCGAUCCAAAAUUGACAAUGACGCCUAUUCCAUGCAGAUGCAACGCAUUGACUUCAGCCAAGGGAAGAUGCAAAUCAUCCAGGACUGUCAUAAAAACUUUAAAAGUGUUGGAGUCAAACCUCCGGCCAUUUUCCUGAUCUCCAGUUUCGAUGUGAAAGAAUAUGAUUUUCCAAAAUUAAAGUCUACCCUUGCCACUGAUCUCCAGAGCAUAAGAUUAAAAGUCUUCCAGAUCUUGAGUGAAAAGAUGAUGUGGGAAAUCCAACUUUGUUCAAGCCACAGGAGGAAGGUCUGGUUGUGGUCCAUCAUUUCUGGGGUGCUUGGCUUAGUUCCUGCCCGAGGCUUGCCCCUCCUCACUGCUAUUGGCUCCACUGUUGCCGGGUGGAUUCAUAUCCGGCGACAGCUUAGCAUCCGUGAACAGGAGCUGCAAAGGUUGUCCAACAAAAUUGACAAACCCCUCUCAGCACUCCUUAAUGCAAGGCAGCCCUGCAGCUGUUUUUCAGCAAUUGUUAGGACACUACUGGGGGCUGUCACUGUGGGUUGCACUACAGAUUGGUUCACACACAAUAUCUCCCCUCGGGCACGCUUUGCCAUUGGGGCAGUGUCCUCUUUUGCUUUUACUUUCUACUUUCUAAACAGCUCACUGUAUCACCGCUUGCAAGGUGAACGAAUUCUCACCAAGAUGGCACUUCAGUGAGAUGGCAGUGACCUUUAUCAGGCCACACGUCUUUCAGUGGUCCCCAUUACCAGUCCAGAAUACCACCAUACUCAGAAUACUCUCCAACAGUUGGGUUGGGUUUGGAAAAAGAGAAUCACAUCCAUUUUCUACCACCCGAUACCUGCACACUUGACAUAUUGUAGAAGUAUUAGUGUAGACAUUGCUCAAUAUAAACGAUUGAUACCAUUCCGUAUUUCACAUUUGUUAACUGUAACUUGCUGUUCCAUAUCACUGGAACUUCUGUGCUUGAAUCAUUGCUGUAACAUUUGCAGAAACUGAAAGGGCUCAUUUCUCUCUUCGAUAAGCACACUGGAACCGUGGGCCACAUUUGAAUCAGUCCCCUCAACGUCUAAACCUCGGCAUGAUUCCCUCAGACCUAUAAUUUGUUGUGAUGAAAUUUCCCUAGUUCACUGUUCUAAAUAAACUAUCACCUAAAUAUCAGAUUUGAACUUGUCCGUUUCUUUUCCUGAAGUCCAGAAUCACAAUCAUGUUUAUUUUCAAUGACAUAGGUUGUGAAAUUUGUUGUUUUGCAGCAGUUUCAGAAAUAAAUAAGUAAUGCCAAAGAGGAAUGACGAGGUAGUGUCCAUGGGUUGAUGGACUGUUCAGAAAUCUGAUGGUGGAUGGAAGAAAGUUGUUCCUAAACCAUUGAAUCAGAAUCAGGUUUAAUAUCACAGGUAUAUGUCAUGAAAUUUGUUAACUUUACGGUAGCAGUGCAAUGAAAUACAUGUUAAAUAUAGAGAAAAUAAACAGAGUUACAUUAACUAUCU